UAAAUCUAGAAACACUGGCCGUUUACAAACUACGGCACGACAACCAGCAAGCCGCGCGCCAUAACAGAAAAAAAAACAAAAAGUUUGACAAACGAAAAAAUAAUGUUCCAAAAUUGACAGUAGUUGUUUGACACGCCGUCUCUCUGUUACAAGAUUAUAAUUAAAGUGGAAACUAUUGCAUUUAUUUAUAUUACCUACUGAACAUUUACAUUGUUGAAGAACGAAAUCACUACAUUGGAUUGCAAGCAAAUUUUUUUAGGUCUUUGGUGUGUCAUUGUUAACAUGUCUGCGCUCAACAAAUAUGUUGGUCAGAAUGGAUCGUUGCUCCGCGCUGUCACCGUCCACGCCUAGCAGCCGAGGCAUGGACAAGUACGAGCAGUUGGCAGUGGUUGGCGAAGGCUCGUACGGCGUGGUGCUGAAAUGCCGACGCCGGGACACGGGCCAGCUCGUCGCCAUCAAGAAAUUUUUGGAGACUGAAGAAGAUGCCGCCGUCCGAAAAAUGGCGCUCAGGGAGAUUCGGAUGCUCAAAAAACUCCGUCACGACCACUUGGUGAACAUGAUAGAAGUGUUCCGCCGCAAGAGACGCUUCUACCUGGUGUUCGAGUACCUCGACCAUACACUGCUGGACGAGCUGGAGGCGGCUCCGGGUGGACUGGGCGAGGACACUGCCAAGAAACACCUGUACCAACUCCUGAAGGGCAUUGACUACUGUCACCAAAAUUCUAUAAUCCAUCGUGACGUGAAACCAGAAAACGUCCUAGUAUCAAACGCGGGUAUAGUGAAGCUGUGUGACCUUGGGUUCGCGCGCGCCCUGGCAGCGCCCGGCGAGCCCUACACGGAGUACGUCGCUACGAGAUGGUACCGUGCUCCUGAACUACUCGUGGCAGAGCAUAGGUAUGGUCCCGAGGUGGAUAUUUGGGCAAUCGGUUGCCUGUUCGCGGAGAUGUUGACAGGUGACCCGCUGUUCCCUGGAGACUCCGACAUCGACCAGCUCGCGCUUAUUAUUAAAACUGUCGGUAAACUAGCCCCCCGACACCAGCAAGUAGUAUCCCGGCUGGCCGGCGGCGCCGCGCUGUCGUCGUCCGGCGCGGCAGGUCGCGGCCUGCUGCCGGGCGCGGGCGCGGCGCGCGACUUACUGGCCGCGUGUCUGCGGACCGAGCCCAGGGCCAGGCCCGCCGCACAGGCACUGCUUAGACAUAAAUACUUCAUUGCAGACAAUUUUGUAGAGAAUUUCAACGCUGAACUGAGGAAGAAACUGGGAAAAGAGAUUGAUGCUCCACCGUCGCAACAGAGCACGGCGCGAGUUGCAGGCAAGCCGCGACAACAAUGGACGCUCAACAUUAUACCGGACCAAAGCAGGUCGCGGACGGACAGUACGGCGGGCGAAUCGCUCAUUGACUACCAUUACACUCCCAAUACAGAAGUCCAAAUGGAGACAGGUCCGAUUGAUAAGAAACCGCUUCGCGGACUCUGCGAAACUGCGCAUGAAACGACACACUCAGACCACGGUGGACAACCGGGAGUGACGGCGCUGCCCCCCGCGUCCCGGCCCGCGCCGCCACGCUCACUCGCCCGGGCCAUCAACGACACGUUCCAAACAUUCCCUGUGCCAGUCAACACGUACCCGAGAACACCAUACAUCAAGAAGGUGAACAACAAGUUAGUAAUGGACGAGGAGCUCCUCCGAGGCCGUGCGGCCGCGAAGAAGGGCAGCAAGAAGACCGCGCCCGAACUGUCCCUACCUUACAUGCCGGGGGGUAAGCAGUGUAACAGGACUGGAGGGAACAGAGCAUCGAACAGUCCAGUGAAGAAAGCAAAGAAGCCGCUCCCCGCGUACCAGACCAUGUCCAAAGCAUACGACAACUGGGACGGUGUUCGUAGCGGUAUGGAGCUGACGUCGUCCAGAUCACCGACAAACCUUCCCUAUAUGUGACUGUACCGCAGCUACUGGUGGCCGAGCCAUCGGUAACUAAUUAUACAUAAAGACUGCUAUUAUAUCUGUGCGAAAUAACGUUACCAACAUUUAAAUCAAUUGUGUACAGGAUGUAGAAUUAUCUAACUAUAGUUUACUCUCAUUUCCUAAUUCAUUUAUUCGAUUGUUAAUCGACUAGGAAUUUUGGUUGUCGAUUUUUUUUAAAUUUCAGCUUGAAUCUCAUGUAUCGAUAAAAUCAUAAUUACACAAUCGUGAGUCUAUGAAUACAUGAACGGUAAGAUUUUCUCAUAAAUUUUAUUAUUAUUUAUUUUUCUAAAAUCAAUGAGUUUAAUAAAGAGUACCUAAUCGAUUAACUGAAGUUCCUAAUCGACUGAUUAAUCGAUUUCACUAAUUAUAAUAUUGUUUAGCUAUAAAAUGGGACUAUAUUUUAUUAGAUGACUGUUUCUGUUAAUUUAAAUUUGUUUAAAUAACAGUUGAUUGGUUAACUCAAGAUAUUGUCACAUAUAGACAUGCCAAAGGGAUUUUUAGAGAAUAGAAUUUUGUUAUUUUGACGAGUUUAGCUGCCAUAGAGAGCGGCGGCCGGGAACGUUGUUUGUAAAUAUGUAUAGUGUUACAUUUUAUUACACGCAAUAUUAUUAAUAAACACUU